AUUAGAUAAUAGUAUAUUAAAUAUUUUUAGUUUUGUAUUUUGUAUGCAAUAUUGGCAUGGAUUUUAGGUUGUGUUAAUUUCAGACUUUCAGUUCUGGUACUCGUAAUCCGUAUUAAUUAAUAAUUGUGUACCUACAUGAUAGUGCUUGCAAAUUUUAAUGUUACGUUUGCAUUAAAUUCAUAUGUGAUAAUUAUAGUCUUGUGCCGCUGUCGUAAGUUUUAUUUUCAAACAUUUGUAAAUAUCCUACUUUCGUUGUCAUAAAAUAAAUUCCGUCGAUCAAUAAAAGUAGUAUAACAUACACAUAAAACUAAUAUUACUACAAAAUCGCUAAAAAUUAGCUUUUAUGAAAACAAGGAAACGGUAGUCCGUUUAAAAUUGUACAUAGGAUUGUCGCGCUUUCUGAGACAUGUCUGUCAAGUAUGUGUUGGUGUCUGACGAAGAAUAUGGUGAAGCGGUUGAACUUCCACUUGAAGACAAUGGUACGUUAUUGUUGUCCACAUUAACAGCCCAGUUUCCGGGGGCUAGUGGACUAAAGUUUCGCACUGAAAACAACGUUGUCAGAGGUGUUCGUUUAGCUGACGGCCGAUUCCAUGUGCCUGACAACGAAUGGGGAAAGACGCCUUACUACUGUGUUUUCCCAAAAGUGGAAAAUAAGAGAAAGAUUGAUGAUAGUGUAGAAAAUCCAACAGCUAAAACCAAGAGAUUAGAAACAAAAUUGAAAUGUUCAGAUUUAGUUGUCUUGAAUAUACCAUACACUUAUGAUGAACAAAAAUUGAAAGAAUACUUUGGUCAAUUUGGAGAACUUCUUAUGUUACAGAUAAAGAGAGAUAAAAAUGGACAAUCUCGGGGAUAUGGAUUUUUAAGGUAUACAAACUUAGAAUCACAAGUAAGAGUUCUUUCUCAGCGUCACAAGAUUGAUGGUCGUAAUUGUGAAGUUAAGGUUCCAAAGUCUAAGGAAGGUAAUGGUUCAGAGCUUUCCGGAAAAGUUUUUGUAGGUCGUGUGACAGAAGAUUUAACAGCUGACGAUAUUCGUGAGUAUUUCAGCAAAUUUGGAGAAGUCAUCAAUGUUUUUGUACCAAAAAAUCCAUUCCGCGGAUUUGCAUUUGUAACUUUCCUUGAUCCUGAGGUAGCUGCUAGUUUAUGUGGUGAAGAUCAUAUCGUUAAAGACGUUUCAGUGCGUGUAUCUGAAGCCGCCCCAAAACCACAAGUUCCCAAAAAUCGUCAUCAAACUCCCCCACCUAGUGAACCCUGGGAGCGAUCUAAUAAUCGCCAUAAUGAUAGUUAUCGAAAUUGGUAUCACUCACAACAUGAUAAUCGGGGGAGUGUAGACAUGCCUAAUCUACAGUCAUUGGGGAUUAAUGGUCAAGACAGCUAUAAUCCAAUGUUGCCUUUGAGUCCGGCUAUUGUUGCUGCUGCAUUAACGCAAGCUGCUGGAUGGAGUCUAGCUAAUGGUCGUAUGAUGCCACCACCACCACCUCCUAGUGGAAACAAUCAAUGGUCUCAACAUGGUCUCAAUUCUCAACGAAAUAACUAUAAUAACAGGAAACGUUCUAAUAAUGAUUACAAUUCAUCAGGCAAUCGCUAAAAAAAGAUAAUGGUAAUAUAAUACAAAGUCAAUAACAAUUUUCUGUCCUAAAACCUUACCAGUUCUUCUAACUUUUUGGAUAUGUACAUUGUACAUACAUGAUUACAAGUAAAAAAAUAAACUGGCUUAUUUUCUGUAGUUAAAAUGUUGUUCUGGUUAUUCCAUGUUAUUGUUGGAAUAAUACUUAUUUUUAUUAAAAUACAACUUGUUUUAAAACUUGUUUCAACUUGUUUUGCUGAAUGUGGCAUACAAAGAAAAAAACCUUAUUUACUGGACAAAUUAACCUGUUUUAAUUAAAAUUUAAAAAGUAGAUAAUAUAUGCAUAUGAAUAGGUAUAUAUAUAUAAACCAUUUUUAUGCAUCGGAGUAUGUAUUUAAAAUAUAUACAUAUUAGUGUAUUCUUUAUAUAUAAAUUUAUUUAUUGUUACUGCUACACAAUUGUGAAUUUAAGGGUUAUCUUAAUAUUAAUAGAAUACAUAUUUAAAAUUAUUAUGCUUUGGUGGAACGAAUGAACUUACAAAUGGUAUGAAUGUAAUUUGUAUGACAUUAUUUGAUUGGAAAUUAUACUAUCUUAUUAAAACAUGUAAAAAUUGUGUUUUACUUUGUGGCUUGGACAUGUUAAUACAAUAUUAUAUAUUGAAAAAAAAAUGGUUAUACUUGAAAAUUAGUUUUAUUAUGUGUCUGUAUGUCUACUGUAUAUAUUUAAGACUGGAUUUUUUUGUUACAUAAUGAAAUUAUGGAUGGUAUUAUGGCUUUCAAUAUCCACAAUACAGUUAAUUUUUUUUACCUUGCAUAAUUAUUAAUUGUACUACCAGUUAGUUUUUUUUUUUUUUGAAUAGUUUACGUAUCAUGUACUUCUAUGUUUUCUGACAAUUAAAAAAUAUUUGUUAUCUUCUUAUAUAUAAAUUUGCUACUAGUUUUUCAAUAAAAUCAUUGUAAUUAUUGUAUAUUGAACAGUCGUAAAAAUAUUUUAACCUAAUCUAUUUGAAAAUUAAAUCGAGUUUUAUAAUACAAUGUCAUAAAUAUAUAUUUAUUUAUUUGUCUUUCUCAAUAGUUGAUUUAAUCAAUGUUUUCUAUAAUAACAUGUAUGCACAAAAUAUAAUCAACCUCCUAAAUAUUAAUUUUGGUUGUUUAUUUAGUCAAUUUAUAUUAGUUAUAUUUCUAAUGUUUGACUUGUGUUCAUAUUUGAUUAAAACAAAUUGAUAAAUAUUAUAGUUUUAUUUUUAAAUAAAACUACAUUAUAUAAGUUAUUCUAAUAAAAUUCAAUUCACAAAUGAAAAAUCAAUAUAACUUGAAUCAAAGUAUUGUAUUCAUUAUGUUUUUAGUAUACCUCAAUUAUAGUAAUAAUGUUAGUUAAUUUUGCUAAGUAAUAUUAAUAAUUAUUAAUUAAAAAAAAAAAGACGUGUUUAUUGGGUAUAAAGUAUAUUAUAAAGCAUGAUUGCCAUAAUCCUCCUUGUAUUUAAUUAUUUCUAGUCUGAUUGAAUGAACGAUGAUUUAAUUGUAUUUGUUAUCAUCUUUGGUAAAGACUUAUGUCUGCUGUAAAUGAAUAAGCUGUUUCAUUUUGAUAUUUAUUAAAUGUAUGCAAAAUUAUCUGGUUGUAUGGAGUGCUCAGUUUAAACUUUAAACAUUGAGUUAAAUAUGUCUUACAAUGUCAAAAUGGAGUAAUGUGAUAAUUAUUUGUUGCUGAAAAUAUAAAAUUGAAAGAAAUUCAGUCUAUAAUAUUGUCGAAUAGCUGUCAAUCUGUGUUGAUGAAUGUCUUCAGCAAACGGAACAUCUUCAAUGUUUUUAUCACUUGAAAAUUUUACCAAAUUUAUCUAACAGUCAAGUUUUAUCAAACAAAUGCAGGUUCAAUCAGAACUGGAAAAUAUGUUCAAGAUUUUAACAAGAAAUACUUUUGAAUUGAAAGAAUGGUUGUUACUAAAAAAUCUAUACAUUCUAUACAUUUAACGUUUUCUAGAAGGAUAUAUUAUUCAUAGAGCAAUAACAAUAAAUGGUUCCUAGUGUCGGACAUGUACAAGGUACUAGCAAACUGAUGUACUCAUGUAAUUAUACGGAUUAUGGACAAGACCGACUGGAUAAUUGUAUGAUACAGAAACAUAGCUAGAAUGAAAAAUUAAAUGUUUAGAAAGAGAUUAAACUGUAAAAGUAAUAUUUUUGUUUCAAUAUUGUUAGUAACUGAGAGACAUUACAAGUACAUAUUAUAUCAUUUUUUGACUGGUGUAUAAUUUGAAUUUUUUUUUCUCUAUUGUUUAAUAUAGAAGAUCUACUGUGAAACUAAAUAUCACUGUAUUAUACUUGAUGUAAACAGAUUAAGGCACUGUUGAAAUAAAUAAUUGAUUCACAAUGAAUACAUAAAUAA